CGGUUCCGCAUAAACAACGGCGCCGUUGAAUACCAGAACCGAUUCCUCCGCAGCGAUACCUACGAGAGUAACCUUCGGGCCAAUCGGAUAGUGGUGUCGGAGUUCGGGACCCACGCCUAUCCCGAUCCCUGCAAAUCCAUUUGGCAGAGGUUUCAGUCCUGGUUCUCGACCAGUACUCCGAUGACCGACAACGACAGCGUCAAUAUAUACCCCGUUAGGGACCAGUUAUACGCGGCCACAGAAACCAAUUUCAUCCGCCGUAUCGAUGGCGACAAUUUGGAAACUCACGAAAAAGUGGAUCUGUCUAAGUAUGUGACCAUCAAUAUGGCCACCGCUCACCCGCACGUCGAUCCCGACGGCACUGUCUAUAACAUGGGCUCGAGUUUUGGUCGGAAUGGCAAAUAUCACUUAAUAAAGAUUCCCAACGCAGAGAAUCCCUUCGACAAUAUGUCAAUUGUUUGCUCCAUACCUAUGGCGAGACCGCUAUAUCCGGCCUAUUAUCACAGUUUUGCCAUAACUGACAAUCACUAUGUGUUCAUUGAACAGCCACUGGUCAUGUCGGUGCCCACAAUAGCUAUGAGUAAAGUGACCGGCAGUACAUUUGCCGAUGCCCUCACGUGGAAACCAGAAUACAUGGCGACUCCGGACGCUAAUUUGGUGACUUUAGGUUACACUGAAGCCAGCGCUACAUUAGGCGCCGACAAGUCAUCAGUAGAGCUAAAAUAUGAGGCUAUGACUGAACCUGGCCCAGGAGUGGGAGAAUUACCGCGAAUUAACUAUACAUUGAAUGGCAAGAAAUAUCGCUAUUUCUAUUCAAUAACGCAAACCAACGAUUUUAAAACUAACCUCAUGAAAUUUGACACAAAGACAAAGUCAAGUGUGAUUUGGGCGGAGGAAAGUGCCAUUUGCUCCGAACCCGUGUUCGUC